AUGGUGGCAUGGAACAUCUUUCGUAUAAUUGGAGAUCUCUCUCAUGCUGGCUCAAUAUGUGUCCUUCUUUGGGCUAUUCACAAGAAUAAGAGUGCCGAGGGUAUCUCACUUCUCACACAGCUACUUUACGGUGUCGUCUUCGUAUUUCGCUACCUUGAUCUAUUCGACCCUCACACAUACACGAGCGGCGGCACGUGGCAUAGCAUUUGGAACAUCUCCUUCAAGCUAUUCUACCUCAUCUCGUCAUCAUAUCUAAUUUUCUUGAUGAUGAAAGUAUACCCACGGACGAGAGAAAGGGAACGAGCUUGGAAGCUCGGGUUGUGGUCUGUGACUGGAUCCGUGAUUUUGGCACCUGUCUCAAUCUGGCUUCUCGACAGCGAGCCUUACAACUUAUGGUUCAUUGAGUUUUGCUGGGCUUUCUCCAUUAUUCUUGAGUCUGUGUGUGUUUUGCCGCAGCUUCUUCUCCUUCGCCAGACAACCGUCCCGACGGUGAUCGAUUCAUACUAUCUGCUUGCUCUGGGCUCCUACAGAGGAUUCUAUAUCCUCAAUUGGAUUGUCCGCCUCUUCAACAAGGAGCCCUUCAACGAUUGGAUCGCAGUUGUGUUUGGCAUUGUACAGACUGCCUUUUAUGUCGACUUUGCAUGGGUAUACUAUUCACGCCAGCGAGUCAAGCUUCGCAAUGGUGGCGUCGUUGACUCCGAGGACUACGGAAACAGUUGGCUGGUGAACCGCGUGGUGAAUUUCCGAGCAUCGCGAGGCUCCACAGACGAAGAACAGCACCUUCGAGACGAUGAGGAAGGAGUGGAUGGUCAACCGAAUCACAACCGGUGGGGCGCUCGUGGUAUUUCCAUCGCGGCCGACGAUACCCUGGAAAGCAAUGGUCACAAUAAAGGAUACCACCGUGAUGAUAGUUUAGAUGGGUUUUCGGGGGACGAGGACGAAACCGAUGAUCACCGUGUGAAUAUUUCUCGUUAA